GCGGACUUCUCCCCCUAAAACUCGAUCGAAAUGUAUAUCUAAUCCGGAGCUUCUGAAUCUUGUUGUUUUGCCACAUCCACCGUCGUCUUCGAUAGAGCGGUUGAUGUGGGGAGGGCCAUGGGCGCUAGGGUCGUGUGAUCGUCAGCUGCCGUGGCUAGGGCAGCUAGGGCUAUAUGGACGGGGCUUGGUGCGCAGGGGAGCAAGCUGGGGUGAAGGUAGAGAGGGGGCUGAGUGAGGAGGGAGGGGGCUGGGUUUGGCAAGGAAAAGGGCUGAGUUAUUGGUUGUGCAGACAAUGAAUAUGGAUUUCUCAAGCUUCCCAAUCGUGUGUCAUUGGGGAGGGAACUAUUAUGAGGAUGCUGGGCAAAUAUGUCAUGAAGGUGGUACAACCACAUUUAUCAUGGUUUCUCGUGGUGCUUGCAUGCUCGAGAUCCUUCAAAAAAUAGCCACAAUGAUUCAUCCUAUCUGUUCUUUGCGUUUGAAAAUGAAAUUUCCCAUGAACGGGGGAAAGUACAUGCUUAUCCCUCUUAUUGAUGAGCUAGCUAUAACAAAUAUGUGGGGCAUAGUUCAGAUGGAGGACAUGUCGAUGCUGGAGAUAUACAUUGAGGAAUCCAUAUGUGACGCUUAU